AUGGCUGCCCUCCUCACAGCGGCAAACCUGCGCUCCUCGCGGCCGCCUACCUGGCCUACAAAGCCGUGCGUGGCGCAGGUGGUGCGGUACCGGUACCUCAGCCCGCUGUCGCAGUUCCCGGGCCCGUUCUGGGGCUCCGUGACGCGGCUCUGGAUCGCGUACCACAACGUCAAGGGCGACGAGCCGCGCGUCUUCCGCGAGCUGCACCCGGCGCCACGGCCCCGUGGUGCGCGUGACGCCCACCAUGCUGUCCGUGGCCGACGCGACGCGCCUGCCCGACGUCUACUGGCGCCACGCCCACAAGUCGCAGCACUACAUCACCGGCAGCUUCGGCAAGACCGAGAGCCUGUUCAACAUGCAGGACGCCAAGACGCCAAGACCCACGCGCGCUUCCGCAAGAUCGCCGCCGCCCCCUACUCCUUCCCCAACGUGCGCCGCAUGGAGCCGCUGCUCGACGGCAACAUCGAGCGCUGGAUGGACAAGCUGCAGACCCGGUUCGCCGGCACGGGCAAGGCCUUUGACUUUGCGCCCUGGGCCGUCUACAUGGCCUACGACAUCAUCAGCGAGGUCGGGUUCGGGCAGCCCUUUGGCUUCACCGAGCAGGAGCGCGACGUCGAGGGCCUGAUCCAGGGCUUCCACGACGGGGCUGACGGCGUUUGGCGUCAUGGCGCGGUGCUGGCCCUUUACCGACUGGGUCAAGACUCGGGCAUCGGCACGCUGAUGCGGUUCCGCGACCGCCUCAUCGCCGAGCGUAUCGAGGCCAACGAGAAGGGCACGGCGGGCGGGCGCAUCGACCUGCUGCAAACCUUCCUCGAGGCGCGCGACGAGGACGGCAGGCCGCUGGACCUUGAGUACGUGCGGGCCGAGAUCCUGCUGGUGCUGCUGGCGGGGGCCGACACGACGGGCACGACGGUCAACGCGCUGACAACGCACCUGAUGGCCCACCCGGCGGCCUACGACAAGGUCAACGGCCGAGAUCGACGCGGCCGCCAAGGCUGGCAAGUUGUCGGCCACGCCGCAGCACGACGAGGUGGCGGCGCACUGCCCCUACUACGUGGCGUGCGUGCGCGAGACGAUGCGGCUCAACCCGGCGACUCCCGCGGCUGGCGGGGCCCGGGAGGGAUGGAGCUGUACGGCAAGCACGCGCCCGAGGGCACCGAGGUGACGUGCAACCAGUGGGUGGUGCACCGCGACCCGGCCGUUUACGGGGACGACGCCGACGAGUUCCGGCCGGAGCGGUGGCUCGAAAACGAAGCCCGCACGCGCGAGAUGCUCAAGUACAGCAUGGCCUUUGGCUACGGCCCGCGCGAGUGUCUGGGCAGGCACAUUGCCAUGAUGGAGCUGUUCAAGGGGCCACUGCAGUUUCUGCGCCACUUUCGCGUCGAGGCGCUGGACAGGGCGAGGCCGGGCAAGUAUGUGUACAAGGGGGGGAUUGGCUAUUUUGAGGAGGUCACGAUUAAGAUUGAGCGGCGGGAGUUAGAUGUUAAACGUCUAGGCAGUUUGAUAUAA